AUGACAAGUCGAGUGCCACUAUCCUCUGAUUCUUAUGCUUCCCCACCCAAAAGUCGCAUUGUAUCACAUUGGACAAAGUCUACACCUGAAGAAGGAGUCCAAGUCAUCUUUACUGCCGCAGAGGUUCAACAGCAAGGAGCCCAAGGUGUUCAAAUGGAAACUCAUCCUCCUUCUUCUGAUAGACCUUGUCAAUGGGACAUGCGUCUUCGUCUUGUUCAUCCACUACCAUUGGCUUCAGCCCCUACUACGCCAGAAUCAACAAGAGAACUCUUUCUUAAAAAGCAGUUUUCAACCACUCAACAAGACAUCCAGACAUCGCCCGCAUUACAAAACCGCCAGAAUACGACUACCCUUAAUUCAACUGCCCCUUUUCCGCUACACAUGCCAGGAUCGACAUAUGAAGGCGUUAAGACAGCCUCAUUCUCCAAUUCUUCAGUUCUUCUGAAUUUUACUCUCGACCGAUUGUUACCACAGGAUCCUGAAUCCCGAGCACGCUCCGACAACUAUCGGACACUUUAUAUAUACAGUCCCAAAAUGAAGCGUGACAUCUGUGUACAUGCCAUUAAUAGAGAAAGCUGGCCUCAGAAUGUUGUGUUUGAUGCAGCCGAUGUGGCCGAAAACCAAGAACAAGAGUACCACUUCCAAUUAUGGCUGGCUGGCUCCAGUCCACGACAAAUGGACGCAAAGACGAGUGUACGGUUAAAGAAUUGUGACAAGUUACUAUGGGCCAUGCGCAAGGAUACCGCCACAGCUAAUGUUGAAAUCAUCAUCAAGGAUACGACUACACUACCCUUCAGUCGAGACACAAAUAAAAACCGAUUUUCUUCGGCCCAAUCCUGCAGCGUAGAUAGCACUUACCAGACUAUACAAAAGGAAAACGAGACGUUGUCAGAGGAACAACAGCAAUGUCGACUAAACCAUCGCCCGCAUACAGAAGGCACAAGUACUACUUUCAAUGAUGGCAAGGUGGAUGGCAGCCCAGGGGAUGGUGUUCAGUCUUAUCAGACUCACAGUAGAAAUGGUCCUUCACAUCCGCAAACUGCAGUUUUCCGAGCGCACAAGUGUAUACUGGAGACCACAGCAUUUUUUUCACGUAUGCUAAAUGGAAAUUUUAAGGAAGCUCAGGCGGAUGAAAACGGCAAGUACAGAGUUGAACUUUCGAACGACAUGUUCAACCUAGAGAUCAUGGAUUAUCUUUUAGACUACCUCUAUACCAGAGAACCAAUCGUGGACGAAUUGAAUUCCACCUUGUGCAAAGAACUUGAUCAUUAUUCACAUGACGCUGUGAAACAAGAUCAUGUUGACUACUCCACAAGGAAUUCGCAGGUACAUCAUAUCAUCAGUGCUAAUGUUGGACUAAACCUAGAAAAAAUCAUUACGGAGACGCGGAGAAGCUCUCACUCCUCAGGGCUACAGAGAUGCCAAUGUCAAUACCACCGCUACCGCAAUCAUCACCAAUACCCUCUUUCUAUCGCUGGACUUGGCCUAAAACGCUGGGGUGCAUUGUAUCGAGCCGCAGCUGUGUUGGAGGAUAAGGAGCUACAGGCAGAAACGCUUCAGCAAAUCCAAAAACAUCUUGACCCUGAGUCAACGCUGGAUCACGUCCUAAUGUGGGGUUAUGAGCAUAAUGAAGUCAAAGACAUUAUGUUUAGGUACCUCAAUCAAAAGCGACGAGAAGUCUUUGGGGAUGAACGACGCAAUAAAUUGCGGCCUUACUUGUGGGCAGAGUAUGAGGAUCAAGUCGAGACAUUGGUCGAAAUCACGAGUCAGAUUGCAAGGCAUUAA